AUGCGCUUCGGCUCGCAACUUCGCGAAAUUACUUCUGGCCUUGCCGAAGUGUGUUGCAACAUCUUUCAAUACUUUUCAAAAACUAAUAACAUGGUGGCGCCCGAAUGUCAAUUAUAUGUUAAGUAUAUCCUCCUAAGUUUGGGUUUAAGGAGGCCAAUUAGGGGCCAGAACGUGACGCUAAAGGACGUAGAUCGCCACGUCGACGGAACGUACCUGUGCACGGCGGACAACGGCAUCGGUGAACCCGCCUCAGCUCGGAUGGUCGUCACGGUGGAGUAUCCGCCCGAGAUCUCCACGGAGAAGGACGUCGUUCGCAGCACCGAGGGCGAGAUGGUGGAGCUCCUGUGCCUCGUCCACGGCCGCCCCGUCCCCGCCGUCGGCUGGACCCACAACGGAGCUGCCCUUCCCGACACCCACAUGGAUUCCGAAGUGGACACGCCCCAAGACUACGCCCACGAUGUCUACGACGCCCACACGACCCAGAGCCACGUCUCGCACCGCCACACGCUCACCAUACAGAAUAUAACGGACGUGGACUUCGGCUCGUACAUGUGCAUCGCCGAGAACUCACACGGGGUCACUAACGCCACGAUACAGCUGACAGGUCUCCCCAUGUCCCCGAUGUUCACCAGCAGUCCGAAUGGGGAAGAGAGCCAUAAGUACACACUCACAUGGGGUACUGAGAGCCUAUCCCCCAUAACGGAGUUCGUGAUCAAAGUGCGCAAGAGUCUCACAAGCCCCUGGCAGAACACGACCGUCGUCACGACCCCCGCCACGUGGAAGGUCGUGACUCGGACCGUGGACCCUUCCCUGGCGCAGGAGAAGAACCACCUUCACUACACGAUGGACUUCACGCUGGCUGAGCUCGAGGUGGCUACGGACUACACGGUGGUGGCGAAGGUCAAGAAUAAGUAUGGGUGGUCGCCCUUGUCCGAGCCCUUCGUGUUUUCGACCAAGAAGGGAAAUGAAGCCAUGGCCGUUCUGCAGUCGACCAAUGACGCAACACUCACCUCCACCGCCAGCCUCUGCCGCCUCUCUGUCAUCGCUUCUGUCUUCUUCGCUCUGUGGCGGAGCUGUUGUACUUGGAUCUAAAUGUUUCGUAGUUUUAUAUUCUGUGAGUGAUAGUUUAAUCGUAAUUAUAAAAAAAGAAGGAGGAAGGAGGAGGAGAGAAGAGAGGGAGAGAGUAAAAGAGAGAGAACGGCAGAUAGGAAGGAGGUCGGGAAUACUGUUAGGGUACAAGAGAUUUAUUUCUCUAAGUCGUGUUCCUGAGGGUGUUUAGUCAAAGCUGUUGAGAAGAUUGGUGAUAGAAGAUUAAUUGUAAAAAAAGGAAAUGAGAUUUUAAAAAAAUAAUAAGACACAUGUGGCUGUUGUUGCUAUGAGUGUUUCUUUUAGGGUUAUAGGUUUUUUCGAUAUGUUCCAUGAAAUGGAUAAAAUCCUAAUAUUCAGUGUUGUCGAUGGAUGUGUGUGUAAACUGUGCUUGACGGAUGUUCAUCUGCUUACGGAAA